AUGCGAGAUAGGGAGAUAGAGACUCUUGGUCUCGCCGAGACUGAGAGUAAUUGGCUAUCUAUUGAUGCCACCAGACAGUUGCUACGCUUGGUUCGCAACUGUGUCUCCAAAGUGAAUGGUGCCGCCUCUCGCAUUUUAAUCAACAUGUUCCUAUUACGCUUGGCUUCUGUUAUGCGCAAUGAAGAGGCAGAGGUUAACAUUAUUCCAAAGUUUCCUAUCUCAAAAACUACACUUCAAGGACAUUCUUUUGGCGGCGUCGUCGACUUUUUGAUAAAUUUGAUGACCUUGACUAAAAAUUUUGUUACAAAAGACUUGCUGCUUGACACUCCUGUCGCUGCGCUCGCAUCUCAUAACACUCACGUAGCAGAACAUGUAACGUGCAAUAUAUUUGAGGCAAAACAGGACAAUGUAAAAGCGGCUUUCCCGCAAGCUGUUGUGGCAGCUGCUUCAUAUUGUAAAGAACACAAAUUAUCUGUCAUGAGAGGUUGUAUCACAAGUGGAGAACAACGGGCCUUUUUCAUCUAUAACAUUGACGCUUCGGACCAGGGUGAAGUGGCGCUCGCACGAGAGAUAGCAUUGGGACCCAAUCUUGAGGAACUACCCCUUCUUCUGGGACUUUUACGCGAUUGGGUGGAGAAUGCAAGGGAUUACGAACAGAAUUUUUUCGAGAUCAAGUGA